ACUCAGCAAUCAAUCAACUCAGCCAGCACAACAUGGUUGAAAAACUAACAGACGAACAAAUCGAAGAGUACAAAGAGGCUUUCGCCUUGUUCGAUGAAAAGGAGGAAGGCAAGAUCGCUGUCAAAGACAUCGGCACUGUAAUGAGAUCGUUGGGCUUCAAUCCUAGUGAAAAGGAGUUGGCUGAAAUCGUCAAGUCGUACAGCGCCGGAGACACAAUAUAUUUCCCUCAAUUUUUACGUAUAAUGGCGACCAGAAUAACGAAUCAGGACUGGAUGGAGGACGCACGUGAGGUCUUCAAGCAGUUCGACAUCAACCAAACUGGUUUCAUACAAGCUGCACAGCUUAGAUACAUCUUGUUGAAUUUGGGUGAGAAGAUGACCGAGGAGGAGGUCGCCGAGGUGCUGCGGGAAGCUGACAUUGAUCAGGACGGACAAAUUAACUACGAGGAUUUUAUAGCUAGUCUUGCUGACAAAUAAUUAUAUUAAUAUACAUAUAUCAUAAUUAAUUCAUACUAUUGUAUAAAUAAAUGAGUGUUGCCAUGAA